CCACGAUCUCGCAACCGGCGCUCCUCCUCGAAAUAAUAUACCCAACUCGCGCCAAAUCAGACAUUCUGUCAAGAUGGCCAAAGCCGAAAAGGGGAAGCGCAACAACGCUUCCAGCGGCCCCUACGAGAAGCCGAGCGGAAAGGGCUCCAAGACGAACAACGUCUUCAAGUUCAACACCAACUUUGGCCAGCACAUCCUCAAGAACCCCGGUGUCUCGGACGCCAUUGUGCAAAAGGCCUUCCUCAAGCCCACGGACACCGUCCUCGAGGUCGGCCCCGGCACGGGCAACCUGACGGUCCGCAUCCUCGAGCAGGCCAAGAAGUGCAUCUGCGUCGAGCUCGAUCCCAGGAUGGCGGCCGAGGUCACCAAGCGAGUGCAGGGAAAGCCCGAGCAGCGCAAGCUCGAGGUCCUGCUGGGAGACGUGAUCAAGACGGAGCUGCCGGCGUUUGACGUUUGCAUCUCAAAUACCCCCUAUCAGAUCUCCAGCCCCCUCGUCUUCAAGCUCCUCUCCAUGCCCAACCCCCCGCGCUGCUCCGUCCUCAUGUUCCAGCGCGAGUUCGCCCUCCGCCUGACGGCCCUCUCCGUCAACGCCCAGUUCUGGGCCAAGAUCACCCACAUCAUGAAGGUGGGCAAGAACAACUUCCGCCCGCCGCCCCAGGUCGAGUCCUCGGUCGUGCGCAUCGAGCCCAAGAUGGGCAAGGACCGGCCCAACGUCAGCUGGGACGAGUGGGACGGCCUGCUGCGCGUGUGCUUCGUCCGCAAGAACAAGACGCUGCGCGCCAGCUGGCUGGGCACCAAGGAGGUCCUCGCCAUGGUGGAGAGGAACUACCGCACGUGGUGCGCCAUGAACGGCGUCCCCAUCGAUGAGAGCCUCAAGACAAGGGUCGCCGAGCUCGUCCGCGAGAAGAUCCGCAAGGUGCUCGAGGACGUGACGGAGCUGGCGGACAAGCGUGCGAGCAAGUGCGAUGAGAACGACUUCUUGCGGAUGCUGUUUGCCUUUAACGAGGAGGGCAUUCACUUUUCAUGA